CUCUCUCUCUCUACUUCUUCUUCCUUAUCACACAGAGGAGAGAGAAAGCUUCAACAGAGCAUCAAUGGCGGGUUCCAUAAUAAUGUUCUACACCUCUGCGGCUUCUCUGCUCAUUUCAACGCUCUUUCUCUGCGUAAAUGCGUCCUCUGUUCGAGAAACAGCUGAAUUCAUGAAGUCGCAGAGCUCCAGAAACUCAUCAAUGGCGGAUACGUUAUCGGAAGACGCAUGGCAUGAACACGCCGUUAAAAACCCUGAAGAAAUAGCAUCCAUGGUCGAUAUGAGCAUACGAAACAGUACGGAGAGGAGGAAAUUAGGGUUUUUCUCCUGUACCACCGGCAACACCAUCGAUGACUGUUGGCGAUGUGACCGGAGUUGGCAUCUCCGGCGAAAACGCCUCGCGAACUGCGCCAUCGGAUUCGGCCGUAACGCCGUCGGUGGACGCGAUGGCCGUUACUACGUGGUCACUGACCCGUCGGACCACGACCCGGUGAACCCGCGUCCCGGGACUCUCCGUCACGCCGUGGUCCAGGAUCGGCCUCUCUGGAUCGUCUUCAAGCGCGACAUGGUCAUUACCCUGAAGCAGGAGCUCAUCAUGAACAGCUUCAAGACGAUCGAUGGUCGAGGAGUGAAUGUUCACAUCGCUUAUGGCGCCUGCAUCACGAUCCAGUUCGUGACGAACGUCAUCAUCCACGGAGUUAAUAUCCACGAUUGUAAGCGGACGGGGAAUGCUAUGGUUCGGAGCUCGCCGAGGCACUAUGGUUGGCGAACUAUCGCGGAUGGUGACGGGAUCUCGAUUUUUGGGUCGAGUCAUAUUUGGAUCGAUCACAAUUCUAUGUCUAAUUGCGCUGAUGGGUUGAUUGAUGCGAUCAUGGGUUCAACGGCGAUUACGAUCUCCAAUAAUUACUUCACUCACCAUAAUGAGGUGAUGUUGUUGGGGCACAGCGAUUCCUAUACAAGAGACAAGAUGAUGCAAGUGACCAUUGCGUACAACCAUUUUGGAGAGGGUCUUAUACAGAGAAUGCCGAGGUGUAGGCACGGGUAUUUCCAUGUUGUGAACAAUGAUUACACCCAUUGGGUUAUGUAUGCGAUUGGCGGGAGUGCUAACCCUACUGUCAACAGCCAAGGCAAUCGAUUCCUUGCCCCAGCAAAUCGUUUUGCUAAAGAGGUGACAAAGAGGGUCGGAGCGGGAAAAGGAGAAUGGAAGCAAUGGAACUGGAGAUCACAGGGAGACCUUAUGCUCAACGGCGCCUACUUCACUUCAUCCGGAUCCAGAGCUUCCGCAAACUAUGCAAGGGCAUCGAGCUUAGCGGCCAAGUCAUCUUCCCUUAUAGGUACCCUUACUUACAGCUCUGGUGCCCUCAAGUGCAGAAUUGGUAGCCGCUGUUAAUACAAAAUGCAUGAUUCCGAUACACGACAUAUACAGUUGAAGAACGAUACAGGGAAACGAUGAAGAAACAGAACUCGUUCUUCAAAACCCUGUUUUACGGUUUAUAUGUUUCUCUUGUUCGGGUUUUUCACUCUUCCAUUUUCAUACAUGUAUCGACCUCGGCCACACCUAGAGCCGUAGUGUUGUUUCAGCCUGCAAAAUUUGUAGUAUAGUACCAUGUAAAAUACACAUUCUUCUAUCAAUCUAACGCCUCUAUUUACUUUGAA